CCGAUCCACUUAGCACUCGAGAUGAAGCCCUUUGCCUGCAUUCUGGUGAUCCUCGCCUCCGUUUUGGCCGUUGGCCACGCCUCCCUGGGCGGUCUCCUUGGCGGCGGCGGCGGUGGUGGUGGUGGUGGCUCCAUUGGAGGAGGUGCCGGUGGCAUUGGCCAGCUGCUGCAGAGCAAGCUGGGAAGUCUCGGCGGUCUUGGCGGUGGCCUGGGCGGUGGUCUAGGCGGCGGCUUGGGCGGCAAGCUCGGAGGCGGCGGCGGUGGAGGAUACUCUGGUGGCCAGUCUGGAGGCUGGUCAAACGGUGGUGGAUACUCCGGCGGCGGUGGAUACUCCGGCGGCGGUGGAUACUCCGGCGGCGGUGGAUACUCCGGCGGCGGUGGAUACUCUGCUCCUAGGCCCGUCGAGAAGGUGGUCAUCGUGAAGGUCAUCAGUGAGGGUCAGUCCGGCGGCUACUCCAACGGCGGUGGCUACUCCGGCGGCUACUCCGGCGCCCAGUCUGGUGGCUGGUCCUCUGGCGGCGGUGGUGGCUACUCCGGUGGCGCCCAGUCCGGAGGCUGGAACAAGGGCUGGUAAGCCAGACGCAGGUUUGGCCCGAAGACCAACCGCAAAUAGAGUUCAAACUGCCAACCAAAAAGCUAUGCCGAGAGGGAGGCCUCCAGAGAUUAAAAGGGAGAUGAGAUCCUGC